AUGUCCGUCGAAAUGCCUCCAGAUAAUCACGCCCUCAAAGCGGCAUUCGACCACGACAUCUACUCAUCCUCAGGCACUCCUCUUAAAUUCGGCUCUCUCUUCUACGACGCUGACGUCUACCCGGCUGAGAAAAGAAUACUAGUAAUCUUCGUUCGACAUUUCUUCUGUGGCAACUGCCAGGAGUACGUCCGCAGAUUAUCUUCAGCGCAGUCGCCCUUUCAUCCAUCCCUCAAGUCGACAUCGCCAACGUGGACGACGAACUUUUCCAAGCCUGCAAAUCGUACCCUUCCGAGUGUCGUAAUCAUUGGUCCUGGCCAGCCUAGCCUGAUCUCCUCCUACCAGAGCCUGACACAAUGUCCCUUCGACAUUUAUGCUGAUCCAUCAACACAGCUGUACGACAGUCUCCGAAUGCACCGCACAUUAUCAAUGGGAACGAAGGCACCCGGUUAUAUCGAACACUCCCUCUUGGGUGGCGCUGUCAAAUCAGCGUGGCAGAUUGUCCGGCGCGUUGGAAGUGGUGAUGCCCUGGCCGGAGGUGACUGGGACGUAAAUGGCGGAGAAUUCCUGUUUACAAGAUCUGCGACGCGGUCAAGACCAGGGUCCCACUCGCCCUCAAAGUCGAGAUCAAGGUCCAGGUCGGCAAGCUCCCUCCCUUCGGGCAAUAUGAACUGGACCGUUACUUGGUGCCAUCGAAUGCUCAACUCACGAGAUCACACCGAGCUGAUGGACCUGGCUUACCACACUUGCUUCUCGAUCCAGUCAUCUCCGGAAAACGGUUCACGAACGAACUCCCCUGCUCCACCACUGAAGUCCAUCUUGCAUACCCAAGUCGAGAGCAGAGGCGGUCGCGAGCCCCUAUCACAAUCGCCCGGGUUCAAGGUCAAAGGCCCGACCAAGAUCACGGAGUCAAACCCCCAAGCAGAAUCAUGA